GAUAGCAGCAGCAAUGGCAGCUCCCAGCAGGAAGCAGACUUUAAGGUUUCUCAGCCAGUUGGGAGCGUUUAUUUUGACCCGGUUCGGGUUUUGGAACUGCUUCAGCAUGUUGAUGCUGUUUGCUGAACGAGCGGACUCUAAAAGGAAGCCGGACAUCCAUGUACCAUACCUGUAUGUGGACAUGGGGGCUGCAGUGCUCUGCGCCAGCUUCAUGUCCUUUGGGGUGAAGAGGAGGUGGUUUGCAAUGGCCGCUGCCGUACAACUGGCUGUCAGCACGUACGCAUCGUAUGUUGGAGAACAGGUGUACUACGGGGACUGGCUUAAGGUACGGAUGUAUUCCAGAGCGCUGGCCAUUAUUGGAGGCUUUCUGGUCCUGGCCAGCGGGGCGGGGGAGGUGUACAGGCAGAAACCUCGCAGCAGAUCCCUGCAGUCUACGGGACAAGUCUUCCUGGGAGUUUACCUCAUCUGCAUGGUGUACUCCCUCCAGCACAGCAAAGAGGACCAGCAGGCCUAUCUGAACCACAUCGUGGGAGGAGAGAUCACCCUGAUGCUGCUGGAGGUGCUGUUUGGGGUGCUGGCUCUGGCCUUCCUCUCUGGCUACUACGUCCGCCUGGCCGCGCAGAUCCUGGCCACCACCCUGCCUCUGGUGAUCCUGCUCAUUGACGGUAAUCUCGGCUACUGGCACCACACUCGCAAGGUGGAGUUCUGGAACCAGAUGAAGCUGAUCGGACAUAACGUGGGCAUCUUCGGCGCCGUGCUGAUCCUGGCCACUGACGGUUGAACCCUUUGGGCUCUCACAGACAGAUUUUUACAGACCGAGGUGUCUUCCGCAGGAUGCGGUUGUCGGCCUUUUGCGCCAGAGCCUGACUUUGUACUCAAAGCUGCCGUCGCUCGGUGACCUCUCAGGAUUCAAACACUCCAGACUGAGACUGUUGGAUGGAAGCGGCGUCGAUUGUCUUUGCGCACCAGAUGGUAUCUUUGCUUUUGCAAGAAAAAGAAGGAAAAAAAACACAAGCUUCCUUUUUUUUCGCAAUUCAAUUAUUUAUUCAGAUUCAUGUUUACAUUUUUGUCUCUGUUAUGCUCUGAAACAUGACACUAAUGUUGAGUAUUGGUACUGUAUAUCUACAGAGAAUAUACCUUCUACUCCAAAAAGCAUAGUCUUAAAUGGUAUAAUAAUACUGCACAGUAUAUGGUUUAAAUCAUUUGCAAAUAAAGGGAUACUUAAAAUUUAA